GAGGGGAAUACUCGUAGCACUGCAGAUUUUAUUCUGACCACGUUACCAUUAUGAUAGGCUAUUAUCACAAUAGCAUCCUUCAAUCCCGCCGCAUCACGUGAUGCAUAUAUAAAUUGUAGUACGUGGGCGUUUCCUCCCACGCAUCUUGCACGAGACCCUGAAGCCCAUUCAUCUUCCCAGGACAGCUACGCUCGCCAACUGCCCAUACGCCAACAAACAACGAACACCCAUGACAACAAUGGAGCUCCAGGAUGCGCAGAAGCUGGUGCUCAGCUACAUGAACGAGGCGGCGGACCAGUUCCAGAAGGUGCCUGGCUCGGCGAUGCUGAUCCGCUACGUCCGGUCCAGCUACCAGAAUGACCCGGUUCGCUCGGCCAUCGAGCUUGUUCUCGUGGUGUUCUUUGUGAGGUACCUGCUAGCGCCGAGUUACUCGACGCAUCGACAGAAUUUUGUCACGCUGUCGGAGGAGGAGAUUGAUGAUUUGGUGGAUGAGUGGACCCCGGAGCCGCUGGUGGCGCCGUUGACGGCGUUUGAGGAGAGUGUGCAGGAGAAGCUGCCGGUUAUUGUUGGCAUGUCGGGACCGAAAUCGAAGCUUGCCAAUGGCCGCACCGUCACCAACCUCGCGUCAUACAACUACUACAACCUCGUGGCCAACGAACAUCUCAAGGAGAAGGCGAUUGAGACACUCCGCACCUACGGCGUGGGACCCUGCGGACCCCCUCAAUUCUACGGAACUCAGGAUGUGCACAUGAAGACCGAGGCGGACGUUGCCUCGCAUCUGGGCACGGAGGCGUGUAUCGUGUACGCGCAGUCAUUCUCUACGAUCUCGAGUGUGAUCCCUGCGUUCAGCAAGAGAGGCGAUAUAAUUGUCGCUGACAAGGCGUGCAACUAUGCGAUCAGGAAGGGGCUCCAGAUUUGCCGUAGCACGAUUAGGUGGUAUGAGCAUAACGAUAUGGAGGAUUUGGAGAGAGUGCUACAGAGGGUUGUGAAGGAGCAGGCGAAGAAGCCUCUUACCAGGCGAUUCAUUGUUACUGAGGGUCUGUUUGAGACAGUCGGUGAUUGCGUCGACCUGCCUAAAGUUGUUGAACUCCGCCUCCGUUACAAAUUCCGCCUCAUCCUCGACGAGACUUGGUCCUUCGGCGUCCUCGGCCGCACCGGCCGCGGCGUCACGGAAGCCCAAAACGUCGACUCCUCCUCCGUCGACAUGAUCGUCGGCUCUCUUUCCGGUCCCCUCUGCGCAGGCGGUGGUUUCUGCGCCGGCUCCAGCGACAUCGUAGAGCACCAACGUAUCAGCGCCGCAGCUUACACCUUCUCCGCCGCCCUUCCAGCCAUGAUGGCCACAACGGCGAGCGAGGCGCUGGCGAUGCUGCAGACUAUGCCGGAGAUCUUGGCGGGGUGUCGUGAGAAUAUUAAGGCCAUGCGUGCGCAGCUUGAUCCGAGGAGUGAUUGGAUUACGGUGACGAGCGCGGUGGAUAACCCGAUGGUGUUGUGUGUGCUUAAGCCGGAUGUGGUGAAUACGAGGCGGCUGAGCAUGAAUGACCAGGAGCGUGUGCUGCAGGAGUGCGUGGACGAGUGUCUUGCGAACGGAGUUCUCAUCACGCGCCUCAAGGCUAUGCCAGUCGCGCCGUCCAGCACCGCCAAGGAGCAGGGAUGGCAGCUACAGCCCGCGCUGAAGGUGUGCGUCACGACGGGACUGACGAAGAAGGAGACCGAGAAGGCCGGUGUGGUUAUCCGGCACGCGGUCACGAAGGUGAUGACGCGUAAGGCGAACAGUAAGCUCGUCGUACCCCCUACUGCUUAAAUGAGGGGUCAGUGCGGAGGGGGUGUAUUGUAUAGAUUAUGAAGAGCUCUGUCGGGAGGUGGAUGGGGGUAUUAUAUAGAUGGCUGUACGGGCUGCACGAAGAUGCAUUAUUAUAGAUGGGGGGAUUAUGGACGGUCUGGCCGUGA